AAGUAAACAGUGGGUAGAUCAAAAAGAUACAGACCGAGAGAGUAGAAAGCCACUUGUUUUUGGCUGUUUCCAACAAGGUAAUCAAAUUUGGAUCUGAAUAAGGUUAUAUACAAUUCGACUCGCGUGAAUGGCUUUCCUUGGUACCUUUGGCCUUCUGUUCUUGGCACUAUCAUCAUGGGGUUCAGGCCCUGAUGAAUGCAGAUGUCAAGAAAAAACUAACACCUGCCCUUUCAUUCCGGGAAUUCCUGGGAGCAACGGAUUUCCAGGUCCUGCAGGAGAAAAGGGUGAUCAAGGAAUACAAGGAAUACAGGGACCACCGGGGAAAGCCGGACCCCCGGGCCCUAAGGGGGACCAGGGGCCAUUAGGGGAAAGAGGACCAAAGGGAGACCAUGGAGGAAAAGAACUUCAGGGUCUUCAGUCUGAAGUGGCCGCUUUGAGAAAACAACUGGAUGACUUGGCAGUUACUGUCACCAAAAACCAAAAUGCUCACCUGUUUCCAAAUGGCAGAAGUGUUGGCAGAAAGAUAUUCAAAACGGAUGGCUCCCAAGGCAACUUUGAGGCCUCCAAAGCGACAUGCUUCCAGGCAGGGGGCCAGCUUGCUUCCCCGAGGAAUUCUUCUGAGAACACAGCGAUCCAGCAGAUUAUUGCUCGCCAUAACAAGGCAGCAUAUCUGGGAAUCAAUGACAUGCAAUCUGAAGGCACUUUUACAUACCUAUGCGGUGAUGCGAUAGUAUAUAUGAACUGGGCUAAUGAAGAACCCAAUAACGCUGGCGGGAAAGAGGACUGUGUUGAAAUGUAUCUGGAUGGCAAGUGGAAUGACCGAUCCUGCACCGAAAGGAGAUUGAUUGUGUGUGAAUUUUAACCUCUUUGCUGGUGGCUAUAUUGAGGAAUGCAUAACAAAUACCCCGCUAGGUAACUGGUACCCAUUUUGGCCUGGAUAGCACCCAAUCCCAAAGAUCCCUCCUGGCAUUCCAGAUGCUUGUUCCCAUGCGGUCUCUGAGACACAGGUGAAGGCUCUUUAAGGGAACUCUCUCCCCCCACUACUGAGAACCACACAGGCUUUAGCAGAACUUCCCUCUCACUGCACACCUCAGCCAUUCAUUUUGGGCCAAACUAAAGGAGAUGCUGAGCAUUUGUAAUCAGAUCCUCCAACAAGCAAUUUAGCUGUAAAAAACAGUCAUUGAAGGGGCUAAUAUUUAUUGGAACCAUAGAGCUGAAGGAAGGGAAGUUUAACUCUUAAACAUCCUCCUUGCUGUUUCUCUUAUCAAAAAUGCCCCUGUACAGGCUUCUUUAAAGUCCUGGUGGGGAAAAAGACAGGCACAGUAUCGUUUCUUCUCUUUUUUCUCUGCCAUGGAUCAUGCAUACUCUACACAUGCAGCAAGGCAGAUUGUGCCCCUUCAAAAUGCAGGCAAGGUAGACAAUUUCCCCAUACUUUCCCAAAUUUUUAAAAACCUGAUGGGGAAAAGACAGGCACAGUAUUGUAACUGGUGGGGGAAAAGACAGGCAUAGUAAAAAGUCCGGGGUGGGGGUGGGGGGAAGACUGAGUGCCACAGUACCAUUACUUCUCUUUUUUCCAUGCCAUGGUUUAAUGCAGUGACAGCUGGGGGUUAUUUCUGAUUGGGGAAAUAGUACUAGGGAAGAGUUAACCCUCUUGUCCCCACCACCAGAUCCUCAAUCCUUAGUCUCCCGUGGCUGCAUUUGGCAGCUGAGUUACACGAUGAGAUCACAUCUCUGCAGGAUCAUGCAUGCUCUACACAUGCAGCAAGGCAGACAGGCAAGGGGGACAAUUUCCCUAUACUUCCCCAAGUUUUUAAAAACCUCCAUCCAAAAACUGGCAUCUCUAACAAAAAAGUUCUACCCAGUUAUUCUCCCCUGCAGAUCAAGUCUUCCUCUUAAAGGGAAGAUUUUAUUUUUUAAAUACCAGGGAACAUCAUGAAAAGGCUCCCUUUCCCUUCAUUCUAGUGUGCUGCAAUUCUUUCUGUCACUAAAGGGUUCAGGCAAAGGGCUUUAUCUAUUUCCUUCUUCCUUUUGCUGUCCCUGAAAUAUUAUUCCCCCCCCCCCCCCGCUCUUCUCUGGGUGCCACAGAACAGAAGAACUUGGACAAAAGCCUUUGCUGAUGCUCAAGGGAGAAACGGCCUUUGCUCACAUGUGAGCGAGUCAGUUGACCUGGGCAAGCUGGCCCUUCAGCUCCUACUUCCUUCCAGUUUGUAUGCAGGUUUUUGACCACGUUGUCCAAAUCCUCCUCAAAUCCAUUUAGUAUAUCAAGAAUAAAGAAUGCUAGCCUGAGCAACUGCA